UGCGCGCACCGCCCCCCGCCCCUGGCCUCCGUGCGCCUCCGCGGACACGCACUUCCUGCGAGGCCUCAGUGCACACCUUAGCCGAACCGAGCCGAGCUCAACCUUGCACUUCCAAGUCGUUCGCCAUGGUGGACGAGCUGGUGCUACUGCUGCACGCGCUCCUGAUGCGGCACCGCGCGCUGAGCAUCGAGAACAGCCAGCUCAUGGAACAGCUACGGCUGCUGGUGUGCGAGAGGGCCACCCUGCUGCGCCAGGUACGUCCGCCGAGCUGCCCGGUGCCCUUCCCCGAAACGUUUAGCGGCGAGAGCUCCCGGCUCCCCGAGUUUAUCGUGCAGACGGCGUCUUACAUGCUCGUCAACGAGAACCGAUUCUGCAACGACGCCAUGAAGGUGGCAUUCCUAAUCAGCCUGCUCACCGGGGAAGCCGAGGAGUGGGUGGUGCCCUACAUUGAGAUGGAUAGCCCCAUCCUAGGUGAUUACCGGGCCUUCCUCGAUGAGAUGAAACAGUGUUUUGGCUGGGAUGACGACGAAGAAGACGACGACGACGACGAAGAAGAUGAUUACUAGGCCGGGAGACCCUCGGGCCCAGGGGGGAGGGCCCUGCACGCCGCCAUCCUCUCCCCCCCUCCCCCGCCCGGCCCGGAGCCGCCAAGCUCCGUUUCGCCCUCCGAUCCCCUUCCCUACCCCUGCCCUCCGAUACUCCUCCUCACCGCCCCCCGUAGUGCUUGCCUUUGUUCCAGGAAUUGUACCCCAGUUAACCUGCCGCUGGGGCCUCGUUCUGAAGCCUGCCGCCACCCUCUCUGGCCAGCCCUAGGACCCUGCCCUGCUAAUUUGGACUGUGUCCUGAGCCCCAGCUAUAGGGCAGGCCCCUGUUACAAACUGGUGAGACUACGCACAGCCCUGCCGACUGCAAGGCCUCCAUCUGCCCAGAGACCUACGCUGCCACUUCACCACCAUCCACCACAUUCCAGCGACAGACCACAGCCUUGAAAACAAGGACCGACCUAGAAGAUGCCUGAGUUGGUCCUCGGACAUUGAUUCGGACAACUCACCAACCCCUGAAGGGGCCAGUCUUUGAACCUGAUACGAAUGAUCUGUUUUGACUCUGAGCCAUGAAAGAUGAGGAACUGAACAUAUGCACUAAUUCUAUUUCCCUAUCAACUUUAGUGGAGUGAUUACUGAAGUCUUAAUCAACAUUUAAGCCGGCAGGAAAGAGUUGCACCUGCUAUUAUCUUUUCUGCUGAGAGAGGUGUUUAUUGUAAAUGCCCUGGGCUCUCUGAAGACUUGGGAGAAGAGGCCUUCAAAACUGCUGGGAAGAGUGGAGAACUGCAAAGGUGACUCAGGGGAAAGUUAUUUAUAAGAUCAUUGAGCAGAACAUGAAAAGAAAACUAUUUCGCUUCAAGUAUGAUACUUUUUUGUUACUAUUAACUGAAUCAUAGAAU